CUGAGGACUAGGACAGAAGGCUCAGCCCUAAAGUUUUAAAAAGAGAAUUGGCAAGCUUUUCAGGAAACAAAUUAGCAAUAGUUUAUAUUGCCAUUACCAGUAAAUUAGAAAAAUAUGUUGAAAAGAUGCAUGUUUAUUAUAAGAAGUGUCUUGGAUACCUUCAAAUUUAUAAUUUUGUUUAUUUAUUACUGCUUUGAGGCCUUUAUUUUGAUGCUUUUUUGUGUUCGAAAAAAUGUUGCUGGGAAAAUAGUGCUUGUCACAGGAUCUGCAAAUGGAAUUGGACGACAGAUUGCAUUAAACUUUGCACGCCUUGGCGCAAUUCUUGUUCUCUGGGACAUCGAUGAGGAAGGUAACAAAAAAACAACAGAACUUGUCAAAGCCAAUGGGGCUAUAGCCGUUUAUACCUACAAGUGUGACUUACGCAUAAAGGAUGAAAUCUAUGCAGUAGCAGAUCAGGUUAAAAAAGAAGUGGGAAUUGUAAACAUUUUAAUCAAUAAUGCAGGUGUAUACAGUCAGAAGAAUUUCAUUGAUCUUCAUGAAUCUGAAAUGGAAGAAAAAAUAGAUGUCGAUGCUAAAGCACAUUUCUGGACUUGCAAAGCUUUUUUGCCAGAUAUGAUUGCCCAGGAUCAGGGACAUUUGGUUACAAUUGCGAGUUUAGCAUCACUGUGUGGGGACAAGAAAAUCUCAGACUAUGUUGCAAGUAAAUGGGCAUCAUUUGGUUUUCUGGAAUCUCUUGCUUUUGAAAUGAGGGCUGCGGGAAAGAAAGGCAUUAAAACCACCAUUGUCUGCCCUGGUUAUGUGGAUACAAGGAUGAUUUAUGGUGUGAAAAUAGCGAGGCCAAUUCUCAUUCCUAGGAUGGAUGUAGGCUAUGUGGGCAGGUCGAUUGUGGAUGCCAUUCUGAAAGAGAAAUUUUAUUUUGUCUUGCCAUCUUAUAUGAGACUAAUUACCUUUAAAAUAUUUCUUCCCAAAAAAGUGGUUUUUCUUCUUAUACAGUAUCUCAGCCCAUAAUGAGAUGUGUUCAGAAGUCAGAUUCGAAGAGAAAGGAAAAUAACCAUCUAACAGAUGUUGUGCUUCAUACUCAACAAAAUUCUUCUUCUUUGAGCACUGCUUUAUUUCAUUUUCAAUAUUAUAUAUCAUGUAUUCUUAACACCAGACUUUGUCGCUCUUUCGUUAACAUAUAUACAAUUAGAAUUCAAUCAGUCACUCAUUAUGCCUAAUAAAGCA